CCAUACUUUGAAGCUUGUACGGCUUUAAUCUUAACAUUUCCUCUUCUGCAGGUCAUUGGUUUUGCUGAACACAACAGAAUAAUUCCCUCUUCUCUAAGAAUCUGCCAUUUUCUAAGUUUUCCUUUAUUUAACUCUAUUUUCUCUACAAUCAAACAGAAAAAAAAAAAUUGCAAUAUUUUCCCAGAAAAUCUGUAAGCCUCAUGGCUGAAACGAAUCCCUGUUCCUUCGCUGAUUUCCCCGAAGAUGUCCAGCUCUGCAUCCUCUCGUUCCUUUCCCCAACCGAGAUCGCCAAUUUCGCCUGCACAUCGAGGCGGUUCUCUCCACUUUGCCAAAACGACAGCAAACUCUGGUUCUCAAUGUGUGAUAGGCGAUGGGGCUCAAAGACCCAAAUCAAGAAAUGGGGUAAUGGGAAAGUCUCAUACAAGGUCCUUUACAAAACUCUCAAUAAAUGGGAGAAUCUGAUUGGUUUCUGGCGCCGAUGCGGUCAAAGUCAACAGAAGCAAACCGCCGGAGUGAAUCCUCCGGCGUUAGUUUUCUUUGAGUGGGGCCCUUCUUUUCUUUCUGGCUCUAGAGUCUCUCCGUCCCAAAAUGGUACGUAUUGUGUGAUAAAAAUGCCGUUUCUUUGGCUUAGCAUAUCGCCAGAAGGUCAAAUUGUUAAUUACAUUGAUCCUGAUGGGCAUAAUAAUAGGCAAUCUGGUGAAUCGGGACUAUUGGAGAUGGACUUAAUUCCGGUUAAUGUUAACUUUAUUGGGGAUAUGCAUUUUAGCGUGGAGGAGAAUGUGAAUUUUGCUUAUUCAAGGAGUUCAAAUGGGACAAAUUUGCAAGGAGAUUGUGCUGAGGAUGUGAGUGCUGGGUUAGAAAGUGGGUCUCCGGGGAGCUUACCGGAAACUUCAGAGAUGUAUCAGUAUUAUGCGAAUAGGAUGAGAUUGAGUCCUGGGGCAGAUAGGGCAUGGAGGAGGCAGAGGAGGAGAGAGAAGGAGAAGCAGGGAAGGAGAAAGUGGGAGACAGAACAUUUCUUGAAGAUUGUUGAUUCCUCGCCUACUCCAUCUCGGCCUUUGCAAGGGUUGUGGAAGGGAAUUCUCGAUGACAUGAAGUUGGAAUUUUAUCUUGUAGCAUAUGAUGGAGUUGGCAUCUCUUGCCGAAGAGUUGGGGAUUUGUCUGAACGGCUUUCUAGUUGUACACCAGUGUUUUGGACAUCAAAUCCUGCAUUUAUAGAAUCUCCAUUUUCACUUGAAGAAGAUUAUCUAUACAAUAGUCGCAUACAUCUUCAGCCACCUGCAACAUCAAAGGACAUACAUAUGCAAUGCGCUUUGAUAGACAACGAGGUGGUUUGUCGCAUUAUGCACAUCAACUCGAGUUAUGAUUUAGUGAUCCCAGGCUUGGCAGGAACAUCCGCGAAUCCUUGGCGUGUUGAGGGAAGGAUUUGGCAAUAUAGUGAUGGGACAUUUGGAUUUGGGUUUCUUCGAGACAAUUAUAUAGUAGACCUGAGGCAUAUUGCCCACAAUGGUUGUCUCCUUGAUACAAUGGAGAUUGAUAAUUGAUUAAUGUACUUUCAAGAAGUCUUCUUUUUACAAUUAGAGUCAUAGCUCAUUUCCAUAAUGCUCUACGGCGUUGUGUACCAUAUCUGUUGUAGAAAUAAUAAAUGUUAAACGAUAUUCACUGUUAAUUGUCCACCUUGGUUCUUCCUUAACUUUGUAUGCAAUGCACAAUACCAUGGAGAGUUUUAGUGCCAAAAA